AUCAGCAUUCAGCGCCUUGGAGCUUCCUGUUCUUCUUUUCCUCUCUUUCUUUCCCAACUCUGGUUAUGGUGUAGAUCAAAGCUACCGGACUGGCAAUGGCUAAAUCACAGAUCGGCUGUUUGGUUCCUCUGAAAUCGACCCUAGACGUGGACACUUCGCUCCCAAACUUGCCGCUCUCCGAAGGCGCGAACUCCGUCGGCCGGGAGACUCUAUCCGUCACCGACAAGAGAAUCAGCCGCAACCACCUCACUCUCAGCGUUUCCCGCGACGGCGCCUCCGCCAAUUUAUCUGUGGACGGGACGAAUCCGGUUGUGGUCAAGUCGGGAGGUAGGAGGGAGAAGCUGAGCCGAGGGCAGAAAGUGUUAAUUAAGAAUGGUGAUGUUAUAGAGUUGAUCCCCGGCCACCAUUUCUAUAAGUAUCUUCCGGCGGCUGGCGAGAAGAGAGCUUAUAAUGGCAGCGGAGACGAGACUAUCUCGAAGAAAAUUAGGCGUUGCGGUGAAGCUCAGAGCUACAAUAUUGAGCUGCGAAGUUGUGAGAAUGGGAAUAGUGAAGAAGCCAUACGCGAUUUUAGGGUUCCUGAGGACAAAUUGCCGCUCACAUUUCGACUCUUGAGGGUGAAAGGGCUGCCUCCAUGGGCAAACACCUCUUCUGUUUCUAUAAGUGAUGUGAUUCAGGGAGAUAUUCAAGUUGCUAUUCUGUCGAAUUACAUGGUGGAUAUGGACUGGUUACUGUCUGCAUGCCCAACACUUUCAAAAGUUCCUAAUGUAUUGGUCAUUCAUGGGGAGGGUGAAGGCACUGUUGAGCAGAUGAAGAGAAGCAAGCCAGCAAACUGGAUUCUGCAUAAGCCACCCCUCCCCAUUUCAUAUGGGACACACCAUUCGAAGGCCAUGCUUCUUGUGUAUCCAAAAGGCGUUAGGAUUAUAGUUCACACGGCAAAUUUAAUUUAUGUUGACUGGAAUAACAAAACUCAAGGUCUGUGGAUGCAAGAUUUUCCCUGGAAGGACGAAAAGAUUGCAAAUAGAGGUUGUGGGUUUGAAAGUGAUCUGGUUGAUUAUCUUAGCGCAUUGAAGUGGCCUGAACUCACGGCUAAUAUACCAUCUCUUGGGAAUUUGAAAAUAAACCCUUGGUUCUUCAAGAAGUUCGAUUAUAGUGAUGCACAGGUUAGAUUAAUAGGUUCUGUACCUGGAUAUCACACUGGGGCUAAUCUUAAGAAGUGGGGGCAUAUGAAGCUGAGAACUGUUCUACAAGAAUGCACAUUUGACAAGGAAUUCCAAAGUUCUCCUCUUGUAUAUCAGUUCUCCUCCCUUGGUUCACUGGACGAGAAAUGGAUGACUGAGCUGGCUACGUCUAUGUCAUCAGGAGUCUCAGAAGAUAAAAAGCCACUUGGUCUUGGUGUUCCUCAAAUAAUAUGGCCUACCGUGGAAGAUGUCAGAUGUUCUUUAGAGGGCUAUGCGGCUGGUAAUGCUGUUCCAAGCCCUCUAAAGAAUGUAGAGAGAGAGUUUCUGAAAAAGUACUGGGCGAGGUGGAAAGCUACACAUACUGGUCGCUGCCGGGCGAUGCCACAUAUCAAGACUUUCGCCCGCUACAGUGGACAGAAACUCGCUUGGUUCUUGCUAACUUCGUCAAAUCUUAGCAAAGCAGCUUGGGGAGCCCUACAGAAAAAUAAUUCUCAGUUGAUGAUCCGUUCUUAUGAGCUCGGUAUUUUAUUUCUUCCAUCUCAAGCAACACGACACGGCCAUGGAUUCUCUUGCACGAGCCACAAGGUUUCGUCGGAGGACAACAACCAUCUCAGAUCAUCAUCGUCAUCCUCUCCUAAGAAAACAGAACUGGUGACUCUAACUUGGCAGGAGACAUCAAACUCAACGUCAUCGCCUUCAGAAGUGAUCCAACUGCCGGUGCCUUACGAGCUCCCUCCUCGACCCUACUCGAAAGAAGACGUGCCUUGGUCGUGGGACAGGAAGUACAGCAAGAAGGAUGUGUACGGUCAAGUUUGGCCUAGGUCUGUACAGCUUUAUGCUUCCCAGGACUAAACUCCUGUCAUGCGUGGCUUUCCUUGUUUGAACUUGUUCCCGCCGGGAAGAAAGCUUGAAUUGAACCAAGCCCGGUGUGGUAAAUGCCAUUUUUUUCUUGCGAAUUGGAAGCCUGCAAUCAAUUGGGCCCCCGGUAGGCCCAUGGUCCCACGUUAACGGGUCACGUAGCUAGGCCAGUUUCCAUGAUCACCACAUGCACAAAAGUGUAGGUAACUGCCUGCGCCAUUCCUCCGGCUGCUAGUACUGCCGCGAGUGAGGGUGGGCAAAGAUCCGGUCACAUUUGGAUCAUCGGAUUGAAUCAAACCAAAUGAACCGAAAAUGAUUUUGGUCGGGUGUUAAUCCUCUUUUAUUUUUUUAUCCAGUUCUAAAUCUAUUCGAUAUGAUUCUGGACCGAAUUAGCCGAUGCCUGCCCCUAACCGCAAAUACUCUUGUACUCCAAUACAGCCGUACAUUGUGU